GGAGGCUGGAUACACAGAUGAGGGGAGAGAGGCCACCUGAGCAUGCCAGUAUGGUGGCCAAAACUUUGUGAAGACAUGAACAAGAAGUGAAUGAUGGGAGCGGAAAGUCAAUAUUCACUGAUGGUCGGCAUGAUGUAUGUAUUUAACUCAAUGUUUGGAGUUGGAAUCUUAGCCCUGCCCAAAGCCUUUGCUGAUGCAGGCUGGCUGGCAAGCAGUGUUAUCUUGGCACUUGCCAUGGUGAUGAGUUACAUAACUGUGACCUUCCUGAUUGAAGUAAUGUCCUCUGCAAAUGCAAGAAUUAUUUGGGACAGGAGUAAUGACAGCCACCAAGAGAAUGAAAUGAUAUUGAAAGAAAAUAUUUCCAUGUCUGCAAAGAGAGGAGAAGAGUCCACCCAGUCAAAGGCCCUUCAUUCAGAAUUCUCAUCAAAGUACAUUUGCUGCUGCUAUUGCCUGCCAGAUGAUCCAAAGCCAAGUGUGUUUGAUAUAAAUGAGCUGCUUUCUCUGACUGACCUGACCAAGAUGUACUUCAGUACGGUUGGAGACCUCCUGAGUCGAAUUACAUUAAUGCUAGGCAUAUAUGGAUCUUUGGCCAUGUUCCUGACCAUGGUACCUUUCAGCCUCAUGGAACUAUUCUGCAAUAUCCCUAGUUGCACAGGAGAGAGCAAUUUCACAAGUAAUUCCUAUGAUGAAAACCACUGCUGGGGGCCCAUCAGCAGGAUUAAUGCUUACAGGAUUUUUCUGGCUGGCUUUGUUUUACUGAUAGGACCGUUUGCAUUUUUCUCCAUUCAGAAGAAUAAAUUUAUUCAACUCUUUGCUACCAUUGUAUCCUUUUCAGUUUUUUGCAUUAUGUUCAUCACGGCCCUCCACCUCCUAGCUAUUGGCCGAGGCAAAGGAAAUCCUGCUCUGGCUAACUUCAGUGCUCUUCCAAACAUCUUUGGAGCUUGUUCACUAGCGGCUGUAUCCCAUGCCACCCUUCCUCAUAUCAUUCCUCCCAUACUAAACAAGGCCAACCUUGGUCUGGGAAUUGCUAUUGUCUUCAUAGUUGUGGGUGCUUUUUAUGCACUGCUUUCAUUAACAAUCAUGUUCACCUUUGAAAAUGACAAGAUUCAGGAGAUUGUUCUGUUAAAUUUUUUUGAUUGCUUGAUUGUUCCUGGAGUGUUCUUCAUUUACUUCUUGGGACUCUAUACCACUUUUAAGGUGAGUGCCAUCUUUCCCCUGAAUGCAGUGGCUUUAAGAGACAACAUAUGGGCUAUGUUCAGCUCCUUCCAAUGUUCUCGCAUUUGGGCUGUUGAAAGACUCCUCUUUCCGCUUUUGGCCAUCAUCCCACCAACUGUGAUUGCAGUCGUUACUGAAAACAUAGAGGCGAUUGUAGGAAUAACUGGCUCCUAUGCUGCAACCACCAUCCAGUUUAUCAUCCCACCUCUGUUGGUUCACUAUAGCCGCACAGAUACCCAGGAGAAGUUUGGCCCAAGUGUUCGUAUCAAGCAUGCCUCUCCAUUUCAGCACAAGUUUUGGAUAAUUCUAGCCAUCAUCUUUGCUGUAUUUACUAUCACCACGGUGACAAUAUUGUAUAUAACACAUCAAAGUUAAUAAAAAAUAUCAGUGUUAAGUAAUGGAAAUGCAUUUUCAGUGAGCCAAGUGAUCAGCAGUACCUUAAAAAUUCAUACGAAGUGUUCAAGUUAGAAACAUAGCCCCUCAUAAUAGUGAUGAUUUAUUAUUGAUUCUUACUCAGGCAGGUACUGUAUA